AUGGAUCUACCUCCUGAAAUCGUGAACAAUAUAAUUGAAAUACUUGAUCGCAUGGCUAAGUUUGAAAGUGAUGAACUCGAGCCUCGAAAGCGUCAAGGUAUCGUGGUAAUCUCGGAUUCAGGCGAUAAGCAACCGUACAAGACUUAUUUGCACAGAAAUUCUCCAAUCUUGAAUACUAUUCAAUCCUUUGCAAUGACUUCUCGUGAAAUAUAUCAGCUGUGUCGGCCAUGGCUGUGGCAAGUAAGUCAUCUUCAACUUACUUUGAAAACCUCAUCACGACCAACCACUGAUUAUAGUGUUCAGAAAUUACAAUUUCCUACUCGUCUACCAGCACCAAUAGAUCUAUGGACCAAAGAUAUCCUCCUCAAACAAGGCUCCCUUGUCCGGUCUCUAUCACUCGAUCUCUCCAAAAACUGCAGUCGACCUGAAGGAUCUGUGGACCGCGAUCCCUUUUACGAUAAUUUGAACAUCAAUAUGGAUUAUAUCGAUGAAGAAAGAGUCUCCCCAAAGAAUGCAAAAGACCUGAUAACUCGAUGCCCCAACCUUUCUAAGUUAGAAAUCAGCUAUACACUUCGUGGCGAUACGGAAGACGGAGUUCAACUUUCAGCUUUUCUAUUAGACCUUGUUCCUCUCAUAUCUAGUCUCAAGCACCUCCGGCACAUGUCGUUACUAAAUUAUAUGGGCGAGGAAAACGCGGUUAAAUUACCAUCAGAACUUAUUGUUGGCCUUCCUUUGCUCGAGUCUCUGAGACUUACUGGACUCACUGUUUUGUUAGAUCAAGGGACCCUUGGUGAAGAUUCCUUUGGAUAUAAUCUAUCCAAACUCCGACAUCUAUCAGAAUUAGAUUUAUGCGGCAUUGGGGGUAUAUCCGAGAAAUGGUGUCUUUACAAUUGGGCGGAAACAAUUACUCACCUUGAAAUUUACCGUUGCGGUAAUUUAUCACCGAUUUCAGCGCAUCGAAUCGUUCACCACAUCGCACCACGUCUAAAGAGUCUCACGCUUAGCUUUGAUCAAGAUGAUGGUAGCUGGGCAAUCGAUCCUAGCUUGAAUUCAAGACUGUGUUUCUCUCUUCCAUACCUGAAUCACUUGCUGCUUUGUACCCGGAACCCGAACUUACUGGGCAGCUUCCAAGAUUGCAAAUCUUUACAUUAUCUUGAAUGGACCUACGUAAGAUUAGAACAUUGCAGGACAUUGAGUGGCUUUCUGUUUCGACCCACCUGGCCUCAGCUCAAGAAACUGGCUGUAUAUGAAAACAUUUCUUUGAAUGAAGAAGCUCGAGAUCCUCGAGAUCAAGAAAUUGAAGACGAACUAGUUUCAUUGGAAAAAUAUUGUGAACAAGCCAAUAUAAAGGCUAAAAUACACCGGCGUUGGUUGUAG